AUGGGUGCCUGUUGGUGUUGUGGGGUGGUUCUCGCCGGGCGGGCGGGUUGUGGGCGUACUGCUCGGGGCGGGGGAGGCCGGUGGGGCUUGGACUGCGCAGGCGGGGGGGGGCGGGGGGGGGGAGGGGGGGGAGUGGGGGCGGUAGUGGGUGGGGGUAGCGACUGCGGGGGUAACUGCUGUGGGGGAACUGCAGGCAGAACUGUCGGGUGGGGCGGGGGGGGGGAUGCGGGGCCCUGGCGGGGGGGACUGGCGGGGGGGUGGGGUGGGGCGGACUGCGGAACUGCUGGGGGGGGUCGUGCCUGGGCGGGAACUGCGUCUGUUCGGUGGGCUGCGGCUGCGGGAGGGGAUCUGCGGGUGCGGCGACUGCUGGCGCGGACAGCGGUGGCGGGUGGCUGCGGGGGGGGGGGGGUUGGGGGUGGGAGGGGGCUGCGGUGCGGGCUGCGAGGAGAUGCGUGGGGGGGGUGGCGGCGGGGCUGCUGUCGUGGUGCGGGGGGGUGGGGGGGGCGGGGGCGGGGGGGGGGGGCUGCGAAGGGGGGCUGCGGGGGGUACGAUGGGGGGGGGGGGGUGGUGGUGCCUGCGGCUAGGUGGGGGGUUGUGCUGGGGGGCGGGGGGUGUGCUGCGGGGGGGGGGGGCGUGGGGGCGGGGGGGGGGCGGGUGAACUGCGGGCGUGCUGCGGGUGGAGGGGGGGGGGGGGGCAACUGCCCGGGGUGUCGGAGGGGGGGGGCCGACGGGGGUGGACUGCGGGGCUGCGUGCGCGGUGGGUCGGUGCGCUGGCGGCGGGGGGUGGUGGGUGGCGGGGGGGCCGCACUGCGGCUAGCGCCGGGAGGGUUGUCUGAUGCGGGAGGGGGACAGCGCGUGGGGUGGGGGGCGGGCGGGCGGCGAACAGCGGCGGGGGGGGGGGCCUGCGGGAGGGCGUGGGCUAAACUUGCGGGGUGUGGUCUAACUGCGGACGGGGGGCGGUGGGGGUGGGGGGCGGGUCGGGCGGCUGCGGUAGCGUGGGGGCUGUCGGUUGGCUGUCUCGGCGAGGGAACAGCGACAGUCGAGGGGCUGCGGGUCGGGGGGGAGGUACAGCUGGGCGGGGUGGGGGCCUGCGGUGCGUGUGGGUGUCCGGGGGGGUGGAGGGGGGGGGGGCAACUCGGCGGGGGGGUGGGGCGGGGGUUGCCGGCCGGGCGCGACUGCGGAACAGCGGCGGCGGUGCAGGCGGGGGGGGCUGGGCGCUGCGUGAGGGGGGGGGGCGUGCGAAGCGCGGCCUCGCUGCGGGGCGGCCGGCUGCGUGCGGCGCUGCGGGUGUGGGCGGGCCGGCUGUGGGGGGGGGCUCCGCGGGUGGUCUGCUGGUGUGGGGGGGGUGUGGGGGGGGCGGGGGGACGGGGCGAGGCGCGGUGGGCUGCGGCGAUGGGGGGGCGGACUGCGGGGCGGGGUUGGCGCGCGGAGGUGGGACUGCGGGGGCGGGGGGGGACUGCGCGAUGGGGGGGGUGGUGUUAA